GUUAUUGAGGCCGCUAUAACGAAAUUUCAAGAUAAUACUUGCUUAACAUUUCAAUCACGAAACUCGGAAGUUGACUAUUUAGAAUUUACUUCAACUUUAAGCUGUUCAUCAUUUGUCGGUCGAACUGGUGGCGCCCAGCCUGUUUCACUUUCUCCUUCCUGUGUAUCAGCAGCUUCUGCGGAACAUGAGAUUGCUCAUGCACUUGGGUUAUUUCAUAUGCAUUCGAGACAUGAUCGCGAAAGCUAUAUCCAAGUCAACACUGCAAAUAUUUUACCAACUGCGUUAGUCAAUUUUGAUUCUUACGAUCAUACCGCGAUCGAUCAUAAGAAUUUGGAAUACGAUUAUAAAUCGGUCAUGCAUUACGGAGAAUUCGAUUUCACUGGUAAUUCUCAAAAAACGGUACAAGCUCAUAAUAGUGCUUCUAUUGGUGUGGCAACAGGGUUAAGUUAUCUUGACAUCGUCUCUAUUAAUCUGCUCUAUAAUUGUCAUGGUAAGAAAUUUUAG